UUCCACAUCCUCUUGUUUCUCCUUCUGGAUUAUGUAGGACAUGUACCUAAAAUUAACCCUCAUCCAGAAUGUCACGGAGAUUAGCUGUGCCAUCUUGGAGACCAGCGACUCCCAGGAGUUCGAAUUCUCUUACAAACAGGAGCUCCUUGGCUACAUGCUGGACUUCAUUAAAAAGGAACCACUGGAUUCCCUGGCAUCUCCAGUUCGCUACAAGGCAAUUCUUGCCAUUGGACAUCUGAGCAAACUCAAACCAUCUUUGACCUUGGAGGAAAACCAUGAGCUCCUUGAUGAGUGUUUCAAAAGUUUAUUUCCCCUUCCUCCCUUGGAGAAGAUGAAAGAGGAAGGCGAGACAGCAAAGGAUGCUCUGCAUAUACAGGUACGUGACAACAAUUCUCCUCUGGCACCAUCCACUGUAUUUCUGCCCAGCAGGCACUGGGUGAUGGCAGUCACACAUGGCCUCCCUGGCAAGGUUAUGGUUAGCUUUCCCCGGCCCACACACACAAAUGAUCCGUGCUGA